CCAUACCGGGUGCGAUGAACACUCCAUGCAGGCCUCGGCAUGGAAGGCUGUGACUCGCCCAUCAUCCUGGGGAAGGACAAUGGGUGUGCGAUCCCGCAGCACCAGCAAUGGACUGGCUUUGGUAGCACCCACCUCCCCAGCAACCCGAGCAACAUGGAGCCAUCAGCAGUGCCAAACCGUGGAGCCCUAGACACCCGGCAGGCUUCCUUCGGCGAGCACUCCCCUGGAAGCGCCGUCCCCACGGCCGAGCCCGCCGGCAAGGAGGUGCGCUGCAACGAGUGCGCCGCCUCCUUCGCCAGCCUGCAGACCUACAUGGAGCACCACUGCCCCAGCGCGCCCCCCCUGCUCCCGCUGCCGGGCGACUGCGGGAGCGACACUGGCGAGGAGGGAGACGAGGAGAGCGACGUGGAGAACCUGGCGGGGGAGAUCGUCUACCAGCCAGAUGGCUCGGCAUACAUUGUCGAAAGCAUCAGCCAGCUGAUCCCGGGUGGGGGGGUCUGCGGGGCCGGCAGCGGCGUGAGCGGCGGGGCGCUCCCAGCACUCUUCGUGAACUCUCCCGCCAGCACGGGGAGCAAGCAGGGCGAGGCCGCCUCUGCCGCCCCUGUCUACCCGCAGAUCAUCAACACUUUCCACAUAGCCUCAUCCUUUGGGAAGUGGUUUGAGGGCUCAGACCAGAGCUUCCCAAAUACCUCAGCCCUGGCAGGGGUCAGCCCUGUCCUGCACAGCUUCCGCGUUUUUGAUGUGCGCCACAAAAGCAACAAGGAUUACCUGAACAGCGACGGUUCUGCCAAAAGUUCCUGUGUAUCCAAAGAUGUCCCCAACAAUGUGGACCUGUCCAAAUUCGAUAGCUUCGUGCUCUAUGGGAAGCGGAAGCCCAUCCUGAUGUGCUUCUUGUGCAAGCUCUCCUUUGGUUAUGUCCGCUCUUUUGUGACCCACGCGGUGCAUGACCAUCGAAUGACUCUGAGCGAGGAGGAGCGGAAAAUUCUUGGCAAUAAGAGCAUCUCCGCUAUCAUUCAAGGGAUAGGCAAAGACAAGGAGCCCCUUGUGAGCUUUUUGGAACCAAAAAACCAAACCUUUCCACACCCUUUAGUUUCCACAGCCAGCCUCAUAGGCCCUGGACACAGUUUCUAUGGAAAAUUCAGUGGGAUUCGCAUGGAAGGGGAAGAUGGUGCCCAGGCUGGGGCUGCCAGUGGAGCAGAACAGCCCCCGCCAGGCCUCUUGGCGCCGGGGGGCCUCUUGAACCUUGGAGGGCUAACGAGCUCAGCUUUGAAGACACCAAUUACCUCAGUUCCCCUGGGCCCCCUGGCUUCCAGCCCUGCCAUAUCCUCAGAGGAGAAGGACCCUGGGGCCUUAGAGCAGCAAGAGCUGGCCGACCCGGAUGGGCUCUUGGAGAAAGCAGAGCCAGCCGAGGAGGAGGAGGAGGAGGAGGAGGAAGAGGAGGAGGAGGAAGAGGAGGAGGAGGAGGAAGAGGAGGAGGAGGAGGAGGAGGAGGAGGAAGAGGGGUGCAAAGGGCUGUUCCCGAGCGAGCUGGAGGACGGACUGGAGGACAGGCCUCCCGAGGAGUCUGGGACUGUGGUGGGCAGCGGCGGCAGCAAGAAGGACCUUGCUCUCUCAAACCAAAGCAUUUCUCCCUUGAUGCCUGCCGUGCUCCAGGCACUGUCCAGGGGCACGGCUUCUUCUAGCUCUAAUUCUGCUUCUUCCUUUGUCUUCGAUGGUGCAAGCAGGAGGAAUUGUUUAAGCUUUAACAGUGAAGGCGGCGAGGCCAGCGGCAGGCGGCUCGACUUCGGUGAGGAGAGUGCCAGCAAAGACAGCGCGGCAGCGCCGGAACCAAAUGAGGGGGUGGAGGGUGAGGAGGGACCCUGCCUCUCCCAUCACCAGCACGUGGGCCCUCUCUGCGACCUCGGGGGUGGGGAGUGCCCUUCGGGGAGCGGCGUGGAGUGCCCCAAGUGCGACACCGUCCUGGGCUCCUCGCGCUCGCUCGGCGGCCACAUGACCAUGAUGCAUUCGCGGAACUCGUGCAAGACGCUCAAGUGCCCCAAGUGCAACUGGCACUACAAGUACCAGCAGACGCUCGAGGCGCACAUGAAGGAGAAGCACCCGGAGCCGGGGGGGGCCUGCGCCUACUGCAAGGGCGGGCAGCCCCACCCGCGGCUGGCGCGGGGCGAGAGCUACACGUGCGGUUACAAGCCCUUCCGCUGCGAGGUCUGCAACUACUCCACCACUACCAAAGGCAACCUCAGCAUCCAUAUGCAGUCUGACAAGCAUCUCAACAACAUGCAGAACCUGCAGAAUGGAGGCGGGGAGCAAGUUUUCAGCCACACUGCUGGGGCGGCGGCGGCGGCAGCGGCGGCGGCGGCAGCUGCCGCCGCCGCCGCAACCAUGGGUAGCAGCUGUGGGGCCCCCUCCCCCACCAAACCAAAAAGCAAACCCACCUGGCGGUGUGAAGUGUGUGACUAUGAGACCAACGUUGCCCGGAACCUGCGCAUUCACAUGACCAGUGAGAAGCACAUGCACAACAUGAUGCUGCUUCAGCAGAACAUGAGCCAAAUGCAGCACAACCGCCACCUGGGUCUGGGCAGCCUGCCUGCCGAGGCGGAGCUGUACCAGUACUACCUGGCACAGAACAUGGCCCUGCCCAGCUUGAGGGUGGACGGCGCCGGCCCCGAUGCCCAGCUCAUGACGAGCAGCUUCCAGCUGGACCCCGCCAGCACGCUGGCGUCCAUGGCCCCGUCCCUAGUGGGUGGAGAGAUACCUCUGGACAUGCGGCUUGGGGGUGGGCAGCUGGUGUCCGAGGAGCUCAUGAAUCUGGGGGAGACCUUCACACAGACCAAUGACCCUUCGCUGAAGCUUUUCCAGUGUGCAGUGUGCAACAAGUUCACCACGGACAAUUUGGACCUGCUGGGGCUGCACAUGAAUGUCGAGCGCAGCCUGCCCGAGGAUGAGUGGAAAGCGGUGAUGGGCGACUCGUACCAGUGCAAGCUCUGCCGCUACAACACGCAGCUCAAGGCCAACUUCCAGCUCCACUGCAAGACGGACAAGCACGUGCAGAAGCACCAGCUGGUGGCGCACAUCAAGGAGGGGGGCAAGGCCAACGAGUGGCGGCUCAAGUGCGUGGCCAUCGGGAACCCCGUGCACCUGAAGUGCAACGCCUGCGACUACUACACCAACAGCCUGGAGAAGCUGCGGCUCCACACUGCGAACUCCCGGCACGAGGCCAGCUUGAAACUCUACAAGCACCUUCAGCAUCACGAGAGCGGAGCUGAGGGGGAAAGCUGCUACUACCACUGUGCCCUUUGCAACUACUCCACCAAGGCCAAGCUGAACCUCAUCCAGCACGUGCGCUCCAUGAAGCACCAGCGGGGCGAGAGUCUGCGAAAACUGCAGCGUCUGCAGAAGGGCCUGCCUGAGGAAGAGGAGGAUCUGGGCCAGAUCUUUACCAUCCAGAAGUGUCCUGCACCGGAUAUCGAGGAGCUAAUUGAAGAUGCAGAAGGACCCAGUGAGGCAGCCGCUGAUCCAGAGGAGCCUGCAAAAGAUCCGGAGAGUGCCACUGACAAGGACCACGUCAAAUGGAAAGCACAAGCCACCCAGCCUGAGAAAGAGCCCUCUGAGUCCCUGUCUGCCUCGAAACGGAUUUCCUUCCCGAGAAGCUCAGAGUCGCCUGUCACCAAAUGGCCAAAAACCUCAGAUGAGACGAAGGUGGAGCAGAUGUACCAGUGCCCGUACUGCAAGUACAGCAACACAGACGUGAACAGGCUGCGGGUCCACGCCAUGACCCAGCACUCGGUCCAGCCCCUGCUCCGGUGCCCGCUCUGCCAAGACAUGCUCAGCAACAAGAUCCACCUGCAGCUGCACCUCACGCACCUCCACAGUGUGUCUCCCGACUGCGUGGAGAAGCUCAUCUUGACGGUGACCACACCAGAGGUGAUGAUGCCGAGCAGCAUGUUCAUCCCCGCUGCGACACCAGACCGAGAUGGGAAUGCCAGCACUGACCCACCAGCCAAGCAGCCUGAGACCUCAGAGGACCCGGGCAAAGGCCUGCUCCCUUCUGAGAAUCCAGAGCGUGGCGGAGAGCUGAAGCCCGCCCCACCUGACCAGGCCUCUGCCAGGGACGACGGCGGGUUUCUCUGCUGGAAGAAGGGCUGCAGCCAGGCGUUCAAGAGCUCCACCGCGCUGCAGGCCCACUUCAGCGAGGUGCAUACGAAGAGGCCCCAGCUGCCCGUCUCGGACCGGCACGUCUACAAAUACCGCUGCAAUCAGUGCAGCCUGGCAUUCAAAACCAUCGAGAAGCUUCAGCUGCACUCCCAGUACCACGUCAUCCGGGCAGCCACCAUGUGCUGCCUUUGCCAGCGCAGCUUCCGCACCUUUCAAGCCCUCAAGAAGCACCUGGAGACGAGCCACCUGGAGCUGAGCGAGGCCGACAUCCAGCAGCUCUACGGGGGGCUCCUGGCCAAUGGAGACCUCUUGGCCAUGGGGGACCCUUCCUUGGCCGAAGACCACACCCUCCUUGUGGAGGAGGACAAGGAAGAGGAGAGCGACCUGGAGGACAAGCAGAGCCCCGUGGGGAGUGACUCCGGGUCUGUGCAGGAGGACUCGGGCGCAGAACCCAAGCGUGCUCUCCCCUUCCGCAAGGGCCCCAACUUCACCAUGGAGAAGUUCCUGGACCCCUCCCGCCCGUACAAGUGCACCGUCUGCAAGGAGUCCUUCACACAGAAGAACAUCCUCCUGGUGCACUACAACUCCGUCUCCCAUCUGCACAAGCUGAAGCGCGCCCUGCAGGAGUCCACCGCCGGCCAGCCAGAGCCGACCAGCAGCCCCGACAUCAAGCCCUUCAAGUGCGGCACCUGCAGCGUGGCUUACAGCCAGAGCUCCACCCUCGAGAUCCACAUGCGCUCCGUCCUGCACCAGACCAAAGCCCGGGCGGCCAAGCUGGAGGCCGCGGGGGGCAGCAGCGGCAGCCUUUCCUCAGGCUGCCCCUCCGCAUCCAGCCCCGUGAGCACCGCUGCGGCCUCUGCCACGACCAGCGCCGGCCCUGACAGCACAGCGCCUGCUCCCAGCCUGCUCAGCCAGGUCUCCUGCGAUGUCCCACCCCUCAGCACCCCCCACAGCACUGGUGCUGCCCCUGCAGCCGGCUCGAGCCCCGUGGAGCCAAAGGAUGCCAACCGCAAGAAACUGGCCGACAUGAUAGCCUCCCGGCAGCAGCAGCAGCAGCAGACGGCCCAGGCUCAGGCACAGGCACAGGCCCAGGCACAGGCCCAGGCACAGGCCCAGGCACAGCUGCAGCAAGAGCUGCAGCAGCAGGCUGCCCUGCUGCAGUCCCAGCUCUUCAACCCUGCCCUCUUGCCGCACUUCCCGAUGACCACCGAGACGCUGCUCCAGCUCCAGCAGCAGCAGCAGCAACAACAGCAGCAGCAGCUCCUCUUCCCCUUCUACAUCCCAAGUGCCGACUUCCAGCUGAACGCCGACGUGAGCCUGCCCGUGACCAGCGGCACCUUGACUCUGACGGGGACGGGGCCCGGCCUCUUGGAGGACCUGAAGGUGCAGCUCCCCCAGCCAGGUCCCUCACAAAUCCUGCAGCAGCCGCCCCCACCGCAGCCACACUGCGUCCUCCUGCAGCAGGGCCAGCCCCUGGACAAGAAGGGCAAGCCCGCCGGGAAGGAGAGGGAGCUCCAGCGUGACCGGGAGGGCUCGGAGAAGCUCGAGGGCGGCGCCACUUCGAAGGAGCCCCUGCCAGAGGCCACCAGGUCCAAAGACAAGACCGAGCUGGGGGUGGCCACGGCGGGAGCAGGUCCUGCGGAGCCUUCCCUGCUCCCGCCCCGAAUCGCGUCCGAUGCGCGCGGGAACGCCACGAAGGCCUUGCUGGAAAACUUUGGCUUUGAGCUGGUCAUCCAGUACAAUGAGAACAAGCAGAAGGUGCAGAAGAGAGCUGGGAAGGCGGAGCAGGGCGAGGGCGCCGAGAAGCUGGAGUGCGAGGCCUGCGGCAAGCUCUUCUCCAAUGUCCUCAUCCUGAAGAGCCACCAGGAGCACGUCCACCAGCACUACUUCCCCUUCCGGCAGCUGGAGCGCUUUGCUAAGCAGUACCGUGAGCACUACGACAAGCUCUACCCGCUGCGGCCCCAGACGCCGGAGCCACCCCCGCCGCCCCCGCCCCCCCUCCCCGCCGUGUCCCCGCAGCAGCCCCCUCCCACCCCCACCAUCCCGGUUUCCCAGCCACCCAUCAUCCCGUCCCCCACCCUGGCCCCCACCCAGCCACCCCUGCCCCUCACGCAGCUGCCCAUGCCCAUGGAGCUGCCCCUCUUCUCCCCACUGAUGAUGCAGAGCCUGCCCUUGCAGAGCCUGCCAGCACAGCUGCCCCCGCAGCUCGGCCCGGUCGAGCCCCUGCCCGCAGACCUGGCCCAGCUCUACCAGCACCAGCUCACACCCGGCCUUCUGCAGCAGCAGCAACAGCAGCAGCAGCAGCAGCAGCAGCAGCAGCAGCAGAACAAGCGGCCGCGCACGCGGAUCACGGACGACCAGCUGCGGGUCUUGAGGCAGUACUUUGACAUCAACAACUCCCCGAGCGAGGAGCAGAUAAAGGAGAUGGCGGACAAGUCUGGCCUGCCCCAGAAGGUGAUCAAGCACUGGUUCCGGAACACGCUCUUCAAGGAGCGCCAGCGCAACAAAGACUCUCCGUACAACUUCAGCAACCCCCCCAUUACCAGCCUGGAGGACCUGAAGGUGGAUUCCCGGCCGCCCUCCCCGGAGCCUCAGAAGCAGGAGUACUGGGGGAGCAAGCGCUCCUCCCGCACACGCUUCACGGACUACCAGCUCCGGGUGCUGCAGGACUUCUUUGACGCAAAUGCUUACCCAAAGGAUGACGAAUUCGAACAGCUGUCCAAUUUGCUCAACCUUCCGACCCGCGUGAUCGUGGUGUGGUUCCAGAAUGCUCGCCAGAAGGCCAGGAAGAAUUACGAGAAUCAGGGGGAGGGCAAAGAUGGGGAGCGGCGGGAGCUGACAAACGACAGGUACAUCCGGACAAGCAAUUUGAACUACCAGUGCAAGAAGUGCAGUCUCGUCUUCCAGCGCAUCUUUGACUUGAUCAAGCACCAGAAGAAGCUGUGCUACAAGGAUGAGGAUGAGGAAGGCCAGGAGGACAGCCAGAAUGAGGACUCCAUGGAUGCAGCCGAGCUCCUGACGCCCACCAGCUCCUCCUGCAGCACCCCGAUGCCUGCCCAGGCCCACAGUACCUCCCCCUCCACGGCCGCCCCAGCCCCCUGCUCCUCCUCCUCCUCGGCGUUCCUGCCACAAGCAGAGGACGACUCCUCUGCCUACUGCUCCAAAGCUGAAAUGGCGGAGGAGAAGCCCAAGCAACCCGAACCUCCUGUCACGCAGCAGCAGCUGGCUCCAGAGAAGCAGAUGCAGCCCAAGCAGGAGGUGCUGCCGCUGCCAGACCUGGGGGAGCCCAAGGCCAGCUCGCUGCACCCAAAGCACUCCCCCGGCACCUCGCAGCAGCUGGUGGAUCCACCGCAGUGCACCCUGCCCCGGUCAAGCCCUGCACCCUCCUCGCAGCUCCCUCACCUGUCCCUCAAGCCCCUGCACACCUCUGCGCCUCAGCAGCUGGCCAGCUUGCCCCCUCAGCUCAUCCCGUACCAGUGCGACCAGUGCAAGCUGGCCUUCCCCUCCUUCGAACACUGGCAGGAGCACCAGCAGCUGCACUUCCUGAGUGCCCAGAACCAGUUCCUCCACCCUCAGUUCUUGGACCGGGCGCUGGACAUGCCCUUCAUGCUGUUCGACCCCAGCAGCCCCCUGCUGGCCAGCCAGCUGCUCUCGGGGGCUCUCCCGCAGCUGCCCAUGAGCUCAGCCACCUCGCCCUCCACGCCGGCGUCAACGACGAGCACGCUGAAGCGGAAGCUGGAGGAGAAGGCCAGCGUGAGCCCCGGGGAGAACGACAGCAGCGCAGGCGGGGAGGAGCCGCAGCGGGACAAGCGCCUCCGGACGACCAUCACCCCCGAGCAGCUGGAGGUUCUGUACCAGAAAUACCUGCUGGACUCCAACCCCACCCGGAAGAUGCUCGACCACAUCGCCCAUGAGGUGGGCUUGAAGAAGCGUGUGGUGCAGGUGUGGUUCCAGAACACGCGGGCCCGGGAGCGCAAAGGGCAGUUCCGGGCCGUGGGGCCCGCCCAAGCCCACCGGCGGUGCCCCUUCUGCCGGGCCCUCUUCAAGGCCAAGACAGCCCUGGAAGCACACAUCCGGUCCCGGCACUGGCACGAAGCCAAGCGGGCAGGGUACAACUUGACCUUGUCGGCCAUGCUGUUAGACUGCGACGGAGGGCUCCAGGUGAAGGGGGACCUUUUCGAUGGAGCCAGCUUUUCCCACCUGCCUCCCCCCGGCAGCGGCACCGACAGCCAGGGCAUUCCUCUCUCACCCGUGGGCAAGUCGCUCGAGCUCUCUCCCGGGACCCUGCUGAGCCCUUCCUCCAUCAAGGUGGAAGGGCUCGAGGACUUUGAGAGCCCCUCCAUCGCCUCGGUGCACUUGAGCUUCGACCAAGCCAAGCUGGACAACGACGACUGCUCAUCAGUCAACACUGCCAUCACAGACACCACCACAGGCGACGAGGGCAAUGCCGACAACGACAGCGCCACUGGCCUCGCCACGGAAGCCAGGUGCUCGUCCGGGCCGAGCGAGGGCCUCACCAAGGCUGCCAUGAUGGCCAUGUCAGAGUACGAGGACAGGCUGUCGUCGGGCCUGGUCAGCCCCGCUCCCAGCUUCUACAGCAAGGAGUACGACAACGAGGGCACCGUGGACUACAGCGAGACCUCCAGCCUGGCGGACCCGUGCUCGCCCAGCCCCGGCACCAGCGGGUCAGCGGGCAAGUCCGGGGAUGGCGGGGAUCGGCCCGGGCAGAAGCGCUUCCGCACGCAGAUGACCAACCUCCAGCUGAAGGUCCUCAAGUCUUGCUUCAAUGACUACCGAACACCCACCAUGCUGGAGUGUGAGGUUCUCGGCAAUGAUAUCGGGCUGCCCAAGCGGGUCGUUCAGGUCUGGUUCCAGAACGCUCGGGCCAAGGAGAAGAAGUCAAAGCUGAGCAUGGCCAAGCACUUUGGCAUUAACCAGGCGAGCUACGAGGGACCCAAGACAGAAUGCACUUUGUGCGGCAUCAAGUACAGCGCCCGCCUGUCCGUGCGGGACCACAUUUUCUCCCAGCAGCACAUCUCCAAAGUGAAGGACACCAUUGGAAGCCAGCUGGACAAGGAGAAGGAGUACUUUGACCCCGCAACUGUCCGCCAGUUGAUGGCGCAGCAGGAGCUGGACCGGAUCAAGAAAGCCAACGAGGUCCUUGGCCUGGCUGCCCAGCAGCAAGGCCUGUUCGACAGCCCCCCGCUGCAGGCGCUGAACCUUCCUGCUGCCUACCCGACAUCCCUGCAGGGCAUCCCUCCCGUCCUCUUGCCGGGCCUGAACAGCCCUUCCCUGCCUGGCUUCACCCCCUCAAACGCAGCUUUAACGUCUCCAAAGGCCAGCCUGAUGGGUCUGCCUGGCACAAGCGUCCCCUCGCCUGGCCUUCCCACCUCUGGAUUACCAAAUAAGCAGUCGUCGGCCUCCCUGAGCUCCCCCAGCCCAGCACAAGCCACCGUGGCCACGGGACCCCCACAGCCCCAGCCACCAUCCCGGAAGGACAAGGACAGCGAGAAGCUGAGAGAGAAGGAGAAAGCUGCCAAGGGCAAGGGGGACCCUCUGCUGGCCCCUAAGAAGGACAAGGGGGAGCCCCCCGCCCCCACCCUCUCGGCCAGCCUGCCUGCGGUGGAGUACUCGGUGGAGGCCUCCCAGCUGCAGGCCCUUCAGGCAGCGCUGAGCUCAGACCCCGCGGCUCUGUUGACGAGCCAGUUCCUCCCCUACUUCGUCCCUGGGUUCUCUCCCUACUAUGCCCCCCAGAUCCCGGGGGCCCUGCAGAGCGGGUACCUCCAGCCCAUGUACGGCAUGGAAGGGCUGUUCCCCUACGGCCCCGCGCUGUCGCAGGCCCUGCUCGGCCUGUCCCCGGGCUCCCUGCUGCAGCAGUACCAGCAAUAUCAGCAGAGCCUGCAGGAAGCGCUGCAGCAGCAGCAGCGGCAAGCGCAGCAGCAGCAGCGGCAAGCGCAGCAGCUGCAGCCGCAGCCCAAAGGAAGCCAAACCCCAGUCCCCACGGGGGCCUCUGCCCCAGAAAAAGAUCCUGCCAAAGAAUCCCCCACACCGGAAGAGCAGAAGCCGGCACCCCAGGAGGUGUCCCCCCACCCGCCCGAGCCCCACGGAGAGCCUGAAGCGGCAAGCGACGGUGCCGUGGACGCCCCUCCCGACCCCUUCAUUGUCCCAAAGGUGCAGCACCGGCUGGUCUGCCGAAAGUGCCAGGCGGGCUUCAGCAGCCAGGAGGCGGCCAGUGACCACCUGCGGGCCCUCUGCUGCCUCGGCCAGCCGGGGGUGGAUCUGCAGGAGAUGGUGCUUCACGUGCCCGCUGGCGGCGGCGGCGGCGGCUCGUACCAGUGUGUGGCCUGCGAGAGCACGGUGUGCGGGGAAGACGCCCUCCGGCAGCACCUCGAGUCCACCGCGCACAAACACCGAACAAUCCCAAGAGCAGCGAGAAACGCCAAAGAGCACCCCACUCUAUUACCUCACUCCGCCUGCCCCCCCGACCCGAGCACCGCAUCUACCUCGCAGUCUGCCGCUCACUCGAAUGACAGCCCCUCGCCCCCACCCACCGCUUCCCCCCACACCUCCAGGAAGUCUUGGCCGCCAGCGGCCCCCCGGGCAGCCCCCCCAGGGAAGCCGCCGCCUCUGCCGCCUCUCUCCUCAUCCUCAACGGUUACCUCAAGUUCGUGCAGCACCUCAGGGGUCCAGCCUGCGAUGCCGACAGACGACCGCUUGGAGGAGUCUGGCUCGGACCACAGCCCAGAGCCCGCCGGCCUGGUGAGGCCCGAGACGCUGGGCGGCCCCGAGGACCGUGCAGGCCUCACACACGCCGAAACGGACACCUUUAGAUUGUGAGCUUUGAAGAGGAACAAUUUAGAAAAAAGAAUUUAAAAAAUUAACAAACCAAUUUCAAAAACAGACUGACUGCAAUUCCAAAGCUUCUAACCAAAAAAGAAAAAGAGAACAGAAGAGAGAAGGGUGGGCUGUUUUCCCAUAUGCUGAUGCCGGCAGACGCCCCGUGGCUUUCCUUUGGCACUUCAGCUGUUGAGAGGGACCCUGUGUUGAUCUGGAAGGCGCCUCUCCAGCAUCCGUCUGCCUGUCCGUCUGUCCGUCUGUCCGUCUGCCUGUCUGUCGUGGAGCUCCAGCCUCCCCCUCAGCAAUGCCCCUGCCCCCCAGAGCACAGCCGAGGCCGGCAUGACUGUAUGGGAAAGCAGACCACCUUGCCACAGUUUUAAAUUUCUUGCUGUCUUAGCAUUCAGAUACCAAUGGCUUGCUAAAAGGAAAGAAAAAGAAAUGUAACGUCUUUUUAUUCUCAGGUCAAUCGCUCACACUUUGUUCAGUUUUCAGAAUCAUUGUUUUAUAUAAAUAUAUAUAAUUUCUUUUUUGAUUUUGA